UCGGGAGGGCGCGGCCCCGCCCCGCGCCCGCGAGAUCUCGCCGCCGCUCUCGCGAGAGCGCGGCGCCAUGGCGGAGCCGCCGGAGCCGCGGGAGGAGAACGGCUGCGGCGGGCGGGGGCGGGGCCCGGCGGAGCCCGGGGGGGGGCCCCCGCGGGCCCGGCGGCGCCUGGAGGCGCUGCUCAACCGCAGCAUGCGGAUCCGCAUGUCGGACGGGCGCACGCUGGUGGGGGCCUUCCUCUGCACCGACCGCGACGCCAACGUCAUCCUCGGCUCCGCCCAGGAGUUCCUCAAGGCCGCCGACUCCUUCCCGGGCAGCGAGCCGCGGGUGCUGGGCCUGGCCAUGGUGCCCGGCCACCACAUCGUCUCCAUCGAGGUGGAGCGCGACGGCGCCGCCCCCCUCUACCCGUGACGUCACCCCCCCCGCGUGACAUCAUCCCGCGCGUGACGUCAUCCCGCGCGUGACAUCAUCACCGCCCCCCCGGCCGCUGUGACAGCCCCCGGAUCGCCGACGGCCCCGGCGCACGCGACGGCCCCCCCUCCGCACCCGCGACAGCCUCCACGCGUGUGACGCCCCCCCGGACAUGUGUGAAGCCCCCCCGGACACGCGUGACGGCCCACGUGAGCACCGCGGGAUGGGGGGGGUGCGCGGGGGGGCCCCCCCCCCACGCUGCCUGUGCCCCAUUAAAGCCUCCCUGGAGCCCUC